UCUCGACUCGCGAAGCGCCUCCCUCUUGAUGAGCCAGCAGUAAAGCGAAGAAGCUCCUUCUUUAUAUAGCAGGUGUCUGAAGCCGGGGAGCAGUUCGAGUGUCUCCUAUGUGCAGCUACAGCAGCAGCAUGUCCACCAGUGGCACAGAGACCAGCGCCCAGUUGCCCCCUCCAGCACCACCUUCUGCCAGGGUGUUUUUCCAAGCAGCCUCCACGGGAGGAAGAAGUGGAAAUGGAGCGUCGAGUCGGGACGACUCAGUUCAGAAGAAGCAGGGGAAAGUCACGGUGAAAUACGACAGGAAAGAGCUGAGGAAGCGGCUGAUCUUGGAGGAGUGGAUCAUUGAGCAGCUCAGCGAGCUCUACGACUGCGAGGAGGAAGAAAUGCCCGAAGUAGAAAUCGACAUUGACGACCUUUUGGAUGUAAGCAAUGAUGAUGAGCGGGCAACCAAACUGCAGGAGUCGUUGGUAGACUGUUACAAACCUACAGAAGAAUUUGUUAAAGAACUCUUGUCAAGGAUAAGAGGAAUGAGAAAACUCAGUGCCCCUCAAAAGAAACCUUUAUAAUGUCAUCGCCUCUCCCCUAAUGGAAAUCCUGUCUUUGGAUAGGGGGACAAAAAUAACAAAGACGAUUCAAUAAAUCCUCAACAAAUUUUUUUUUGUAACCGUUUUCGGAGGAACUAUUUCUAUACAGAAAACGUCUGAAGCUUGUCUUUUUAGCUUUUAAUAAUUUUGUCACCAUUUAAGCCGCGACAUCCAACUAACUGUGAUCAAUGAAUUUAUUUAUUUUUUGGACGCUCUGAAUCCAGCGCGCCAGACUGUGACUACGGACUCGAGAUUUCGUGCGUCUCAUUGUUCCUAUUGCUCUCGUUACCCAUCUCGAAGUUUGUAGAGUUGUUUGCUUUUAACGUGUCCUAUUUUUACAUUUUUUUUUAAUGUCUGCCGAUUCAGUGAUCGAACUUUAUUACACAAACAAAUAUUGAAAAUCGUUUUAUUUUGUUCACGUCCACGUUCAUCUGGCUGAGUUAACUUUUUAAUAGCGACCGCACAAGCUUACCAGUUCUACGUCUGGAGAAAGACGCGUUACCUUUUUCAAGUGUCUUUCUGGCUUUGUUUGUUUUUUUUUUUUUUUUUUUUAUUAAAAAAAAAUGGUAACGAUGAGCCCAAAAAUGUGCCAAGCAGCUUGGUGUACAAUCAAGAAGCUACGCUCCGCCGCUUUUGGUUUCUUGAAUUUUUUUUUUUUUUUUUAUUAUUGUGUUCUCGUCCCAUCAAAGCCUUAUUAGAAAAUGAAGAUGACUCGUCAACACAGGAGGAGAAUAUGGAGCCCUGCAGUCCACCAGGAGAUCUGGGAUUUAUAUUUCAUGGUUCAUCAUCGGUCAAAGUGUAUUUUCUCAGCUGCCCCUGGAGUUCUGAAUCACCGUUGUGCUGGUUAAGCUUUGGAGAAAAUCCCACAGGAGUCCCGUGUUUUGCCUUUUUCAGUAGGAACCCGAUUUACAUGAAAUUUGCAUGUUAUGACCCUACUUUUUAUAGGUAAAUCGAUCAACUCUAAAGGAAAUGUUUCCAAAUGUUUUGUUGCGUCUAAAGACCAGUUUUUUGUAUUGUAUGGAUUUUUUUUAACGUACUGUAUUUUGCUGAAAAUAAAGAGUUGGAGAACUUC